AGUCGUUGCAAUGAGUAGACAUUACAAAAGUGCUAAUGUGCUUCUCAUACUGUGUCUGCAUUUGGCACAUGUGGCACAAAUACGCGCGCAGUCGGCGCUCAGCGACGAGGACGCGUAUGCGGCGCUGCUCGACCGCAACACCGUCACCGACAAGAAACACUUCCCCUACGUGGCGGCCGUGCUCAAGAUGACCAGCUACCUUAGCGCCGGUGCCAUGAUCAAAGACAACUGGAUACUCACCGCCGCUGACGGACUCUACCUAGUACGAGAGUCUGUGCGGCUGCUGCGCGUUCGGCUGGGCAGCGUGAACUACAAGAAGGGUGGGACGCUGGUACCCGUCAAGUACCUUCGCAUCCAUCCGUACUUCGACGACCGCCGGCCCGAGUAUGACACCGCGCUAUUGCGUCUGUCCGUAACCACGCGGCCCUCACCCUCCGCGCGCCCUGUGCGCCUACAGCGCAAGCUGCGCCCCGUCACCGCCGCCCACUUCACAGUUACCGCCUGGGCACCGCACUACGCCAACCCCACGGCGAACAGUGACAACGUGCACGAGUCCCUGGAGACGAUCCGUCGCGCGCGCAACCUGCAGGUGCAGCAGGUGCACCCACGCAGCGCUACCGACUGCCAGCGCGAGCAGCAAGAGCUGGGCCUCAACGCCAGCGCCGGCUUGCUCUGCCUCGACCCACUCGCCGACUCUGUUCCUUGCCGGCGGGACGCUGGUGCGCCGGUGGUGCUUCGCGGCGUGUUGUGGGGCGUGGUAUCAUCCUGGCGCUCGGCGGGCUGCGGCGCGGGGGACGGCGCCGGGGCCAGCUUCGUCAAUUUGGUGGCGGCGCCCGACAUAAGCGCCUGGCUCGACGCCGUCACCCGCGAUUUUCACUGGAAACUCAGGGAGAUCAACUUUGACGAUGACAAUUUCAUAUGA